GGUCAGGACGAACAGCACCAUUUAUUUUUAUUUCUAUAUACUGAAGAUUCAAAUAUAAAGGACGGUCGAACAAAUCCCUCUUUUUGCUGGGAUUGCAGGGUAGUAGCAACGUCACGAGUCCGGCCAGAACCCCUGUCAUCCUCGCUUUCUGGUUCGCGUGAAUCAUGGCGGCCAACGGUGAUAAUGGCAGAGUAGGAGGAAGCUUGGUCGAUGCAUCGGGUUACAAGUUUGCGGACAAGGAUACGAAACCCGGGAAGAUUAAAUUAAAGAAGCCGGUCAAAAAAUCUAAGAAAGAUGAUGUCCGACCCGCAACCUCACCCAAAGCAUCCCCCAUUCUCCCCGGUCUAGACGAGAAGACGAUGGCGGCGUUUCCCACAGGCAAACCGCGCGAAGAAGACCAUAUCGAAUCAGUGAUUUGCAAAACGUGCAAGCGGCCGAUUUUGAAGCAGGCCGCAGUCGACCACAUCCGCGGCUGUCUGAAGGCGAAACAAGAAAAGGCGCGCAAAAAGAAGGAGGCGCGCGAUGCGGCGAACCGGGCGAAGGAGAAGAUCGACGGGAAGGACGACGAUGACGACAAGGAUGGUGACGAUGCGAUGAAGGGACAGAAGAGUGCGAAGAAGAGUGCCGUGAAGGGGAUGGCAGAGGAUGGAACGAAGAAGGGGAAGAAGCGGAAGACGGACGAGGAUGAUAAGGAUAAGGAACCGAAGAAGAAGAAGAAAAAGGAGGAACCGAAACCCAAGGUGCCCAAGCCCAAGGGACCGGUCGAUGUUGAGAAGCAGUGCGGUGUAACGCUACCGAAUGGAGCUCAGUGUGCGCGGUCGUUGACUUGUAAGAGUCAUUCAAUGGGUGCGAAGCGUGGUGUUCCUGGUCGGUCGUUACCGUAUGAUAUGUUGUUGCAGGCGUAUCAGAAAAAGAAUCAAGCUCGGCAGCAGAAGGCCGCUAUCGAUGCCAAUGCUCCAUUACAAGACGAGAUGGAAAACAAUGGCCCCGUGGAUUCGGACGAAGAAAAAGACAAUGUCAUGGCCGCUAUAGGCCGUUCCAACCCUCAACCACUCGUCACCCAUACAGUCAUCACAACCAAGAACAAAUAUCGCUAUGUCCGCAUCAAAGAGAUGUUAUCCAAUGCCCUGGGCGGUGCCCGUGGUGGUGGACUCUUCUCAACUGGGGAUAAUCCCCCAAUAGACGGAGGGAACCUAUUUCAACCAGAUGACUCCAGCCUUCUGGACUCUCCCUUCGCCAACGAGGCUGCGGAUAAUACUACCACUACUGAUGUGACAAAUGAUCAAUCUUCAGCAUCAGUGCCUGGAAAUUCGAUAACUGCAACUUCCUAGAAGUUUGUCAGUUGCCGUCAUUGGUGACUGGGGUCUUACGAGAUUACGCGUGACGAUACGGCGUUCAUACAUUUAUUUCUUUUCUCACAUGAGCCUAGGUCUUGGGUCAUCGGGGUUGGCGUCUAUAUUGCAAUUUUGGAUACAUUUGGUUGGGUCUAUAUUCAUAUGAUACCCCUAAGAUACUACUAUAUCUCUUGCGAUUUAGUUUUCAAUGUCUUGUUUUAGUAUUGACAUAUUUGCGCGCACACACACACACACACACAAUGUACUUUAAUAUCCUUAUACGCUAAAUAACA